UCAUUUGUUGAGGACACCCCAGACGGAAACAUCGGGAGAGACAACAAACACGUCGGUAAUUGACACACCAACGUCAACAUGAAGGGUUUUAUGCUUAUGUUCAUGGGAAUAGGCCACCUUUAUGAAGCAUUUGCUGUGACUCACUCUCUGGAGCAUUUCUACACUGCAUCUUCUGAAUUACAUAACUUCCCAGAGUUUAUGGUUGUGGGGAUGGUGGAUCGUGUUCAGAUGGUUCACUACGACAGCAACAUCCAGAAAGUGGUGCCCAAAAAGGACUGGAUGAAGCAGACAGACACAGAGUUCUGGGAGAAGGAGAGAGAGAAUUUCUUUUAUUCCCAGCAGUCAUUCAAAGCUGAAAUCGCUAAUCUAAAGCAGCAUUUUAACCAAAGUGGAGGAGUCCACAUUCUCCAGUACAUGUAUGGCUGCUCACGGGAUGAUGAGACUGAACAGACAGAGAGGUUUGGACAGCUGGGUUAUAAUGGGGAGAACUUCCUUGAGUACGACAUGAAGACAUUAACUUGGAAAUCUCGUAAACAGCAAGCUCAUUUCAUGCAGGAUGAGUGGAACAGUGACAUCAGUAGACUGGACUUCUGGAAGAACUACUUCUCCCAGACCUGCAUUGAUUGCCUGAAGAAGCAGGUGGACAAGGGGAAGAGCACUCUAAUGAAGACAGUCCCUCCCUCAGUGUCUCUGCUCCAGAAGACCCCCUUCUCUCCAGUGACCUGCCACGCUACAGGUUUCUACCCCAGAGGAGUCACGGUGUUCUGGCAGAAAGACGGACAAGAUCCCCAUGAAGAUGUGGAGAAUGGAGAGACUCUCCCGAACGAUGAUGGAACCUUCCAGAAAAGCACCCACCUCACAGUGACGCCUGAGGAGUGGAAGAACAACAAGUAUCAGUGUGUGGUUCAGGUCACUGGUAUCAAGGAGGUCUUCAUCAAGGUUCUGACUGAGUCUGAGAUUCAGACCAACUGGGAGGACCCAGCCCCCAACAUUAUCCUCAUCAUUGGAGGGGUGGUAGCUCUCCUCCUGGUUGUUGUUGGGGUCGUUGUUGGGGUCGUCAUUUGGAAGAAGAAGAGUAAGAAAGGGUUUGUUCCAGCCAGCACUUCUGACACUGACUCUGACAACUCUGGGAAAGGUGUCCAGAAGACUUGAGAAACUUCUGCACUUCUGUAACAUCAGCCUAUAUUUGAUAUACUCUAUCUAGUGCCCACACAGAUAUGUGUAUAUAUAAUAUACUGUACAUAUCUGUCCAAAAUAUUCUCUGGGGAUUUAAUUGAAAACUUUUACUUUCAUUUAAUCCUUGGUUUGGCUUUUUAAAAGUUGUGCUGUAAUCUUGUUUAAUUAUGUAAUAUAAUAUUGCCACUGUGUGAUAGACUUAUCUCAGUCUCACAGGUAUAAUCAAAUUGAUGGAACACCAUGAAACUGUGUUUCUGGAUAUGAUUAGAUUGUUGAGAUGUUAAAUUAGAAUAACAGAAGUUCAAAUCCUAAGUGAAGCCACCAAAACAAUCACAUUUAAAAUAUAUGGAUUUAAACUGGGGAAAAACUCAAUUAUUUUGUUUGAAUGUGUAGUGUAGCAGCACAUGUUUUGGUGGUAUAUGAUACAGUAAUUGUGUGAAGUUAGUGUGAGCAAAGUUAUAACAUGUUUAAUUGUAUAACUAUAAGCCAGACCAGGCCUGUCCACGUGUUCCAUUUUUCUCUUUUCUCAAAGGUGGCUUUAUUUUUCUAGCGUUUUAAAAAUGUUAUGAUACGUUUGAUUUAUGAUGGGGCGUAACACUUUUUCACUACACAUUCUGUAGAAAUAAGUUGGUGAAUAAGUGAACAUGUAUUUUAUUGGAAGUGUAAAUGUGAUCCAUUUAACAGACGCAUAAUCAACCAGCCAAACAAGACCAAUUAGAGACCAAAUGCAUGCAUUCUGUAAUAAUGUUCUUACACUUCUCAAAGUCCACAGAAUUGAAAUGAAAGUGUCAUACUGGGCCUUUUAAGAAUGUUUGCAGAAAGAUAUGUUCUAAACAGCGAAGGACUUGAAGUGGAACAAAAUAAUUGUGUAUAUGGUAUAUGGGCUUAAGAAGAAGUCAUAUAUAUUUUGAUGACCUGUAUGAAAAAUGAUGGGGUGACAGGUAGCCUGGCGGUUAAGAGCGUUGGGCCAGUAACCAAAAGGUAAGUUGCUGGUUAGAAUCCCACAGCCGACAAGGAGAAAAAUCUGUCAACGUGCCCUGGAGCAAAGGCACAAACAUAAUGUCUCAUGUAAAUCGUUCUGGAUAAAAGUACCUGAUAUGUAAAUGUUUUAAUAAAAUGCUUCUUAGAAAGGGGGUCAUUUCUACACUGUUUGAGUACCGGCACCUAUUUCAGUCCAAGUCAAGCAAUGGCUGUAAACAACAAAGGGCAUAAAUAAAUAGGUGUCGAUACUAGUUUGAGUGCGGUACUGUUGACGUUUAGGUGUAGGAGUUCUAAAAUUAUUUUGUAACGAUAUGAUGGGCUUUUGAAUAAAGGUAAUUCUAGACA